CAAGAAGUUCUGGUAACAAGCGCCGAUAUGGUUAGACAUAUGCUCCGCCAUAUGCUCCGCCUCAAGGGUAAACUACGGCUCGCGAGUAAGCUCUGCUACCCCCAUAUGUUCCGCAUUCCUCGGAUAAGCUCCACGCGCACCGGAAGAGCUCUGUCGCGCAAACAAGCCCCUCCGCGUGAACAACUCUACUGCACAUUGCCGGAAGUUGCGCCGCGCACGGGGUGUUCCGCAUUCACCGGAUAAGCUCCGCCGCGCGCAAACGAGUUCUGUCGCGCAAGUAAACUCCAACCUUUGCGGAAAGCCCCUCCGCGCGAACAAAUCCUACUGCACAUUUUCCGGAAGUUGUGCCGCGCAAUGUUCCGCAUUCGCCGGAUAAGCUCCGCCGUGCGCCAAACGAGUUCUACCGCGCAAGUAAACUCCAACCUUUGUGGACAAGCCCCUCCGCGCGAACAAACUCUACUGAACAAGAUCUAGAUGUUCCAAGUCAACGCGUAUAGUCUUCGAUGUUGUAUCAGAGAAGCUAACGUUUAUGAGAACCAAAAUCAGCCGCUUCUGCAAUCGACGCUCCCUCAAUUGCCAGAUAGUCCAGAUUAGCCCAUCCUCAAGAAAUUGUUCAUGCAGGUUCCUGGUUUGAUAGUCAUUCCUCCUAAUUUUUUUGAACGCAUGCCUAUGCUUCAAGUAUUAGAUCUCUCUAAUACAAACAUAGUGUCUUUGCCAACAUCCAUUUCCAAUUUAACAUCGCUUCGGGAAUUUUACUUGAGAGAUUGUUCCAAUUUAAAUGAAUUACCAACCCAUAUUGGAAUGCUUACAAAACUCAAGGUGUUUGAUAUCAAUGGUACCGAGCUCAUGUUUAUUCCAAAGGAAAUUGGGAAACUUGCGCAUUUAGAAGUUUUGCGCGUUUCUUUGUCUCAAUAUGCAAAAUGUUAUAUAAGCAUCCGGAAUGAUGCCGAAGAGACUGUAGUACCAAGAAAGAUGAUAUCGGAACUCAGAAAAUUGCGUGAGUUGUGCAUUAGUGUACCUCCAGGCUGAGUGGUGGAAUGAAGAGUAAAAGAUAUUCAAAACGAGUUAUGUGAUUUAGAAAACCUUCAAACUCUGAGAUGGUACUUGCCAACGAACGAAGUACUGCAACAGUUUUUACUACUUGAAAGAAAUCAAGUUCCAAUAUUUACAAAUUUAUCCAAUUUGAUGUUAACCAUUGGUCAAUCUGCACGACUUAUAUCAUGUCUACCACGUGGUAUUGAAAUGAAGUUUGAUGAAUUCAAAAGAUGCCUUAAAUGGAUACAUGCCGAAGGAGGGAUGGAUGACGUAUCCAAGAUAUUGGUAAGUGUCGAAGCUUUGUUCUAAUUUCGCCAUUGGACUCUUGAGAAGCUCUCGACUUCCAACCUUAUAAAGCUGAAGUAUUGCUUACUUGCAGAACGCAACGAGAUGGAAACUCUUGUUGACGCAAGUGGCCCGUCUGAAUAUGUAGAAACUAGAACAAGGGAUGGUGAAAAAGUUGGACUUGAAUUGCUACAGUAUUUGAGUAUUCAUCACAUGUACAAACUACAAAGUAUCUGGAAGGGAGCAAUUGGUAAAGAUAGUCUUUCCAAACUAAAAAUCUUGGCAUUGCAUACAUGUCCGCAGCUGACUUCAAGUUUCAGCCCAAGAUUUGCUCAAAAUCUCUUAUGCUUGACAGAGCUAAUUGUUGAAGAUUGCCCUAAAGUAAUUAGCCUCAUUAGUAGUGAAUACCAUAACGUCAAACAUGGUCCGAUCUUUCCAAGCUUGGAGAGGAUUUUCCUUUUAGACCUACCUGAGUUGGUCAAUAUUUUUGGUGGUCUAUAUGUCUUGGAGGAAUUAAACACUUUGCUAAUUUAUAAUUGCCUAAAACUCCGGUUAUCCAUCAUGGAGUUACCACAUAUAAAGAAAAUUGAAGGAGAGAAUGAAUGGUGGAAUGACUUGGAUUGUGACAAAUCCCCAUGGGAAAAUAUCUUCGUGCCACUUAAAGAAGGGAGAGAUCUGAUUGAGCAACUAUAUGAAGCAACAGACUCUCUAAACCAUUUCCAUAACAUUCGAUCUGAAGAAAAUGAUGAACUGAAAUCGUCAGCUGAGAUGUCAAUGGAGAAAGGGAAAGAAACACUCUUUCCUACAGAAGCAAAAGUUGCAAGUCAAUGAUGCUAUCGCCAACUAACAAUCUCUUAAGGCUACUGGCGUUGACCAAAGCCCCCCGGUCAAUGUUAUCUCCGUUGGUCAAGAUAUGGUUUUAAACAGGUACAAAGAAGAGAGUGGGCAAGCGCCGUCUAUUGGAGAUGUGAGACCGUUUGUGCCUUCUCAACCGUGGUCUGGUGGUGGCGGUUCUUAUGAUGGUCAACAAGCACCGUCGUUUAAUAAUGUAACUCGAGGAACAUCUCAGAGUCACACAUUUGCUGAUGUAGCUCCACGAGGAACAUCUCAUAGUGACACAUCUGCUACUGGAGUUCAGAUGUCUGAUGCACAAGUAGACGGGGUGACUUUGAUUCGAAAUAAUUUCAAAAAAUACAGAUUAUCUUAAUGUGUUUGGACGUGUUGUGUGUUUUGAUAUUUAUAUUGUAUUUCAAUUUCAAUGUCAUCAUUUUUUUCUUAUUUUGUUUUUUUUUUUCUGUAUAUUGUGAUCUUAUUGGGUGA